AUGAUUAUGCUUGGUUAUGAUCAGGAUAAUGCUGCCUAUGCUUUGAAGAUGACUUAGUAUCUAAGCAUUGAAAGAGCUACCAGUUUCUUGCAUGAUAAAUAAGAUAACGGUAAAUAUGAGCAUGAUUUCAUUGCAUAUGCCAAAAAUGAUUAGCUCUGCAAGCUGUGCCUUGACUCUAUUGAAAAUCAUAAAUCUUUAAUUCCCUAGAAGGAGAGGGUCCAAAUUCUGAUGAAAUCGAUUGUGGAAUCUGUUACUGCACUUAUAGUGCAAAUGAAAUUCAUAAAUUCUUAUGUGGCCACUAGUUUUGUUUGUAAUGCUCACAGUAAACCCUAAGAUUUAACAUUGAGAGGAACUAAUUAGAAAAAAUUAAUUUGCCCGAUGAGAGGAUGUGGUGAAAAGCUAACAGAUGAAUAGGUCAGAACAGUGUUCAAGGAUGACAAGGAAAUUAUAGAUAAAUUGGAAAGAUUUAAAAUUAAGACUUUGCUUGAGAGAGAUCCAUUAAUUAGGUGGUGCACUAAGGAAGAUUGCGAUGGAUACACUAGGGCUAAAUCUUUCAAUGAAAAGAAGGUGAGAUGUGACAAAUGCAAGCAUGAACUGUGUUUCUAAUGUAGAGAUGAUUGGCAUGGGUAUUUCACCUCUUGUUAAUCAGCAAUGGAGAAAAAGUUUAAGGGCUGGGCUUCUGGAAAUGUAGAUAUUUCCUUCUGUCCUAAAUGCAAGACCAAGGUUGAGAAAGUUGAAGGCUGCAACCAUAUGACUUGCUAUUUCUGUAAAUUUUAAUGGUGUUGGAUAUGUGGAGGAACAUACACAGGCGAUCAUUAUUUGCCCAUUAAUCCAUUCGGUUGUGGAAACUAAUAGUUUGCAAAGAAACAUAAAUGGUAUAUCUAAAUUUGGAUUAAUCUCGGUUGGCUAUUACUUGCACUACUCUUAAUGCCUUUAUUUCUAGUAUUUACUGUACCUGGCGCUAUAAUUGGGCUUUGCUUUGAGUAUCCUUUAAGAUAAUUAGGAAGAAAAUUCUGUAAAGGCCCACAUUAUUGCGUCCUUGGAUCAUUAAUUGUACUCCUUCUACUUGCUGUUGGAUUAGCUUUAAACGUCAUUUUGAUACCUUUGUUCUUAGUAAUUGGAUUGCCAAUAAUAAUAGGAGUCAUGAUAUAUAAGAGAGUUAAGGUUCACAGAAAAGCCAAUAAAAAUUUACAGGAAAUUCUAUAGGGCAAGAGGUAGGUUUACAAUUACUGA